ACACGACCGCCGCCAUCUUCGAGGUCGCUCACCAAAGAUCGCUUUCUAAUCCACGGUGUGAAAAUGGAAUUUUGUGAAAGAAAAAAGGAGAACGAGCCACAACGUCAAUCCGUUUGCAAGUCGGAGCCUCGAGAAGUCUUUCACGGAGCAGAUGUCACUAAAGGUCUUCUUGAGCAGCAGGAGAUUAAAGAAGAAGAGCCCCCACAGAUUAAAGAGGAAGAAGAGCUCAUACAUAUUAAGGAGGAAUCGAAGGAGGACCUAAUCAGCAAGUUUCCAUUGACCGCCGUUCGUGUGAAGAUUCAAGAAGGGGACGGAGAAUGCCGUGAAGGAUCCCAAGCAGAAGGCCUUUCUGUUCCACCGUCAGAUAGUGACCUUGUGAGGUCACACUGUUCUGACUCUCACGAUGAAGAUAAAAACCUUCAAGAUGUCACGAAAGAGCUCCUCAUCGAGCAGCAGGAGAUUAAAGAAGAAGCACCCGUUCAGAUUAAAGAGGAAGAAAAGCCCAUACAUAUUAAAGAGGAAACAAAGGAGGACCUAAUAAGCGAGUUUCCUUUGACCGCUGUUCGUGUGAACAGUGAAGGUGACAUAGAGCGCUAUGAAGGAUCCCAAGCAGAAGUUCUUUCUGUUCCACCAUCAGAACUUGUGAUGUCACACUGUGCUGUCUCUUACAAUGAUGAUGAAAACCGGCAAGAUGAUGUGACACGUCCCGCUGACAACAAGCACGUGAAGUGUCCUCAGUGUGACAAAAUUUUUGCCAGCAAGAGUUCAUUGAAAAGACACACAGGAAUACACGGCGUGGAGAAAGCAUUUGUUUGUACGGUUUGUGGGAAACAAUUUGCGCAGCACGGACCUCUAAAAUUACACAUGAAGAAACACGCAGUGGAAAAGCCUCUUUCCUGCUCAUUCUGUGGUAAAGGAUUCUUAAAUAUGUCAACUUUAAAAUGCCACACCAGAACUCACACUGGAGAAAAACCCUUUGCCUGCUUAACUUGUGGCGCAAACUUCAGUACAAAGUCAUAUUUAACAACGCACACAAGAAUUCACACUGGGGAAAAACGUUUUACAUGUUCGCAUUGCGACAAGCGAUUCUUGACAAAGUCGCGAUUAACAGAACACGAAUUGACGCACACUCGGGAGAAAUCCUUUCCCUGCCUGAUUUGUGGCAAAAGGUUAUCGACGAAGUCCGUUUUAAAAAUUCACGUAAGAACGCACGAUGGGGAAAAAACUUUUCUCUGCUCGGUGUGCGGUAAAGGAUUCUUAAGAAACCAAGAUUUAAAAGCACACAUAAGAACGCAUACUGGAGAGAAACCUUACGUCUGCUCGUUUUGUGAUCAUCGAUUCACCCACCAGUCGCAUUUACUGAAACAUACAAAAAUACACACUGGGAAAAAAGCUUUUGACUGCUCUGUGUGCAAUAAAAGAUUCCGCAUCAUUUCGCAUUUAAACAAACAUCAAUUAACACACACAGAGUUGGAGAAAUCAGUUCCCUGCCCGGUUUGUGCUAAAAUGUUUUUUCAAGAGUAUGCUCUACAAAUACACAUAAGAACACACAGUAAAGAGAAAUUGUUCGCCUGCUCAGUUUGUGGUAAGAAAUUCGCAAGGAAAACCGAAUUAAAUGGGCACACCCGGACCCACACUGGCGAAAAACCUUUUGCCUGUUCAAUUUGCGAUGAAAGAUUCUCUUGGAAGCAGACUCUAAAGCUUCACGUGCAAAAACACACCAGUGAAUAACCUUUACGGCUGCCCGGUUUUGGGUCAGAGAUUCUUUCUUAAAAAUACGUUGAGAGUUCACCAACAGAGACACGCCGGGGGAAAAACCUUUUCCUGCACGGUUUAAGACAAUUCUGUCAGAAAUCGACUUUGAAUUCACCCAAACUGGACAUGUGUGGGGGGAGAAACUGUUCGCAUGCACCAUUUGUGCUAAAAAGUUCUGAAGUCCACUUUAGAAGUACACUCUCAAGCUCACUCUGAAAUUGGGGAAGCAUCUCCAGUCAUUGUUUGGCUGUCAAAUGAAACGAGUUUAUCGUAGUGGACGUCCGAGACAUUGGAAGCAGGAGAAUUUGCAGCGAUUGAACCCAUUGAUGGCAGCUAAUGAGUUAUUUUCAAAAUUGUGAUUGUGACUGUUUCCUCUU